AAGUGAUGGGGGUGGUGGUCAUCCUCGUGCUGGAGAUAUGUAAUUGGAGCAGCGUAAUCGUAACACAGCCGACACUGGACGGUGCCCGUGGAAGGGACCUGUGAGGACACCCUUGCAGAGGCCCCACCAACUGUCCAACUGCCCGUAACCCACAAUCCGCAACCCGCAGCAGCGCUUCAGGCCAGUGAGCAGCACAGGCGCACGCCAUUGCCCAGCGCUACACUACGUUAGGCCGGUCGUGCUUCCGGGACCCGACCUCCUGUCCCACGACGACGAACAUGAUUGCCAACCUCAGCUCACAUCUUUCCUGUGCUCCUCCAACACCCACCUCUCAUCUGUUUCUCAUUCUGCACACCUGGACAGACAAACACGAAUUUGAACUCCUCCUCCCCCUUUUGACACGCGACCGGCGACAACGUUCCUCGCCUACCCAAGGGAAGUCGGCCACAUCCAACCUAGUUCCAGCUUCUCCCGAAGCCGCCCGCUGCCCCAUUCGUCCAUCAGAUCCCGGGCAGGGGCCAGGCUCCGACCGACAUCCCAGCCUACCCGUCCGAGAUAUCUGAUCGCCGACCGACGGAGAACGUCCAUCUUUGACCUCACCUUCACCCAACACCACCAACAUCGAACGGACAUGGCGCAAGUGCUGGUCCUCACGAGAUGACCUCCCGGCCCCCACUGGGCGUCCAGCAGCGACAGCCCCAGCAGCAUUCGCUGGCCGGGCCAGGUUUGUCGCAACGGCCGGCAGCGCAUCAGCGCGCCCUCUCACAGCAGCAGCAGUUCCUGCCGCCGUCACCCAUACGAAAAGAGACAGGUUCGUUCGAAUUCACUCCGCCAGAUUAUAACGAUGGCGCAAACACGAGGUAUCCGGGCCAGCGCCGCGGCGGUUCGCGCCUCAAGCUCGAGCUGUCGCACGAGUCCCUCGAGUCCAUUACCCAUACCGGCAUCAUCGAGUCGCCCAACGCCAUCGACUCCUCGAAACCCUUCACUCCCUCUCGCAUGAUGCUCCCUACCGACUCCUCCGACCUGGGCGACAUGAGCCCACACUUUUCCCAUCUCCCGACCGUCGAUCUGGACGCCCCUCUGCCCAUGCCCCAGCGCCGGUUACGAAUCACGCUUCCCCGUCGCGACCCCCCACCGAUACCUUCUACCACGACAAGAAAAGACGUGCCGCCGAAGCCAUACCAAGUCGAGGUACCAUCUGCUGCUCCGCGCUACUAUACACAUGGUAAAGUCGAAGCCCGGCCACGAAAAGGCGGCACCGCUUCUACAGCGGGACAUCUGGCUCCUCCUCCGUCGAUUGGCUAUGCAGACUUCUAUCCCUGGAUGGGAAAUCAUCCAGAGGAUCAGUUUUCCGAAAAUGUUAUUCGACAGGGCCACUUUGACAAGCCAGCGUUCAACCCCGAUACGCAGUCGGGCAAGUACGCCAUAUUCCCGUCGAUGAAAGGGGCAAACAGUUCGCUCCAUACACUCUCCGCCAUAUUUACCGCCGCUCUGGGAGCAAGAAGAAACAACGGCCAGAUCGCGUCUCAUUCGACCUUUAGGUACCCGCCUCGAGUGACGGUUACCGACACAAAGAGGGAAUUAUGGCUGAAGGAUCUUGCCAAUCCUGCUUCCUCCCUCCGAAGGCUUGCUCGAACCAUCCCCCAUGGCCUCCGAAACCAGGCCUUGCUCGAACAGUGCUUGAACAAGAGGAUUCCGUUUGAGCGCGCGGUGUGGUUGAUACAAUGUGUCGGUGCGAACGAGCUACGGACUUGCAAGCGGAAGGGUGUUAGUCUCGCCCAAUCUUUCGCUGCUGAAGUCCGUUGGAUUAAGGACUGGACGGUCUCCGUGCAGAAGUUCGUUGAAAAUGUGCUCUUCUCCUUUGACGACAAGGACUGGAAAGCUAAGGUCCAGUACGUGGUUCUUCUGGCUACACACCUAUACGAGCAAUAUUUGCUUGAUCGGGAGACGUACAUGGAGUGGCUUGUCUCCAGUUUCGAAAACAGCAAUCAGAAUCGGCUUCCCAUGUGGAUGCUCAUCACCGAGAUAUAUUGGAAAGAUUUACUCAAGCUCAGGAGAUAUGGACGGAGACUGGUCACCGCUCUUAUUAGUCAUCAUCAGCUGGUCUUCAACCAUCCGGACAGAGACAUAUUACAACCGCUGCUUUCAAAAACAACAACACUGCUCAAUACACUGAUACUAAGCAGUCCGGAAAACUUCGUAUCGCCUUCUGUUUGGUCAAAAUAUCGAGACACGAUCAAAGCAUGCUUGCCAGUUGGUGAUACAGAACGGCAUGACGCCUUCGCAGCUAUUGGGUCUCGAAACGAGCAGCUCAUGGCAUCUGGAAACAGAUCACAGCCGGCCGCCCGCCACAUAUUAGUGCAGUGGUUGGACAGGAACACUCAGGCACCCAUGUCGGAAGAAGGGCCUGCGAAUUCUUGGAACAUUUCCAAGGACAAAUCUGCGCUGGCAAGGGCCCUGCUGGAGUGGUGCACUUCGCUUUACCGCCCAGGAAAAACGAAAGUCUACAUCGCCGGUCAGCUGUUGCAACACUGGAGCAUGCUGGGCUUGGACGUCACCACCGAAAUCUUGGAUUUUUUAGAUGCCGACCCUUGUGCGCAAAAGGAGCGCAAAGACCACCUCUAUCAUCUUGUCUGCGAGCUUGUUCGCUCCAACGACUUCUCUGUGCCGCGUUACAUCCAAUGGCUCAGCGCAAGGGGAGGUAUAACUAAUCCUGAGGAUAUUCUGCCUGAUGGACCGGCAUUCACGCGGCUUCUUGCAGAGAUUCCUCCUUUCGGCCUAUCGAGCGAGCAGAGGAAUCUUAGAAGUGGAAUGCUUCGACGUGCCUCGUUCAGCGUGGACGAUGAAGCACGAGACGCAGAAAUGGCUCUAAAGUUAGUGAGGCAGUCCCUAGGCCUCCCCCUGGAUCCAGCAGACCCCAUCCGGCAGCGAAAACCACGAAGUAUCAAUAAAAUCAGCCAGCAAAUACAAACCGCCAGUCGAGCGCUCAAGGCAGAAAUCGGUCGCUGGCUCCGGGAUAGUGUGGCUUCCACAUAUGGUGGGAAGGACAAGACAGGGAGCGGUGGCCCUGGAGCAUCGCCGACGUUAUUUGGCAGCAUUCGACAAAUCCUCGAAGCUGCUGAGGAUUUGUCCAUGCUUGCAGACGUUCUGAGAUCGCUCAUCUCCAACGCUUGCGUAGAGGUACUGGCCGCCAUAGCGAACACGGUCAACCGACACUUCUUCAUCUUCUCGGCUUUGGGUGUCUCCAAAGGACUUUUCAACGACUUGAGCAAAAAGCUCAGGGCUGUCUAUCUGGAGCAGGGACCUGGGGCUCGACCAUUGUUGGUCUCACUCGUCUCCCUAGCCCCGAGAAUACCUGGGAUGGACGAGCUGGCCACACAACUCAGGAAAGAUUUGGCACUUAGCAGUCGUCAAAAUCCCGUGGACGCCUGUUCGCCUGUUUCGGACAAUAUGAUUGCUCGGCUGCAGGAUGAUAGCAACGACUUGCACGAGGAGAUCGAGAAGCUGCUGGCUGCCGGCACAAGCGUGGACAGGAAAACUAUGGAGAACCUGUUCCAGACCAUCAUCCAGAGGCUACAUCAAAGCUGGGGAGAGUCAGCCGACAAGCAACGGGUAUGCAGUGUCCUCCUUGCUCGGUUGCGUGUUUUUGACAUGCCGCUCUUUGAUGCCCUUAUGGCAAAGUGGAUUGCCUACCUGCGGACUCUGACCAAUCGGCCCUCUAUCGAUCGCAUCUUUCCUCUCCUGGUCUCGAACGGAUGCCUAACGAUGCCGGCGAUACUCGCGUCAACAUCAGACUCGUCUACACCGACACCAAUCACCCGCGUCCCAACAGGCGGAGCCAGCUGGCCCCAGAUUGUCCAGAUCACCUACCGAACAAGAUAUAUGCAGGAGGCGCUCAAACUGCUGAUGAACCCGCUGCGGCCUGAUUAUGACCUGAUCACGCCCGAGGAGAUAUACCGCUUCACCAACCUUCAAGAGCAGGUUCUGAGGGAGAACCCCAAAGAUAUGCUUGCUCUCAUUGGCUCAGCCAUGGCCGAAUACUCCUUCGCGCGAGCUCAAAACGAUACUCGGGGCCUUCCGCUCGAUGACCCCAUCAUACAGGAACGUCUCUCGACACUGAUCAAGCUCUUGGUGUUGAAAGACGCUGCUGGUGUUGGUCGUGCGUUGGCCGCCUGGGCAGCCAGAAGCCCAGAUGGUUAUGUUGGCAGUUGGAUCGACAAUAUGACGACUAAACUCCUCCUUCCGUCGGCUGAUAGACACACCCACAUCACCUUUGACCAAAUCCUGGAGCUCACCAACGAGUUCACCUGGCCCUUUUGUCACCUCCAGCUCUUCCUCCAAACCUCGACGCCUCCAACUGACCAGAGCAAUAACCAACAAGCACCUGCAGCCGAUAGGCAGCCGUCUACACUCGACUCCUUGACCAGCGCCAUGGACAGGGCAAUCGACAAGAAGAAUCUGACCUGGGUGGGGAUUGUGCUUUCGCUAAACGUGGAAGUGGUCCAGCAGCUCAAGGGCAGAGCCCAAAGCCGCUUCCUCGGGCUGAUCCCAUCUCCCCGGGAACCCCUUCCGGUCAACACAGCCGGCCCCGAACCGGAACAGUCGCUCCAAAUGGCCGAGAACUUGCUAUCUGUCAUCGAAGCCCUCAUGAGGGGCAGCCCACCCGGGGCAAGACAGCCGCAGCUUCCGCCAGAGGUUGUCAUCAAGCUGUCUGACCUCUGGGAGCUCGUCGCCAACCCGGAGCUGGACCUCUCGGCCAAACAGCAGAUCAUCACGCGGUGGCUGCCGCUGCUCCUAAACUUCAUCACGCUGCACACCCAGGCCUUUGACGCGAGCAAGGCCUCUAGUGACAUUCGCGCGCGACUGCUGGUUGUCUGCGCGGGUCUGAUGCAGGAAUUGGACGCGCUGCACGGACCGGGUGCUCAUACUAGGGGGCUGGCGGCUAGGGUGUUCGACUUGGGGUGUGUGCUGAGUGAUAAUUUGCCCGAGGAGCAAAGGGGGCAGUGUGUGAGGGCGUUGUUUGGGACGGGGAGUGGCAAUGGUGGGGGGGAUGGGAGGUUGAGGUAUUUGUUGAGCUGGGCGGGGAGUGGGAGCAAUGGGUGUGAGGGGAUUUGGGUUAGUGUUAGGGAACGGGGGAGGCAGGUGGCGAUGGGGGGGCAGCAACAGGGACAGGUGAUGAAGGAUGGGGUUGGCUUUGCGGUUGAGAAGUUGGCAGUUCCGGGGGGGUUAUGGAGUGGGACGACGAUGGCGACGCCAGGGGUGGUGGUGGGGGGGAACAAUGGAGGACAACAGCAGCAACAACAGCAGCAGACUGUUGCUGGUAUUGGGGGAGGGGAGAGGUUGACGCCGUUUGGGAUGAGGAAGUGGGAUAUUGUUCAUGUCCCUACUGGGGCAGUGGUGGAGAAUGAUACGGGGUUGGAUUUGUCGCUUUUUGAGGCGAGGGGGCAGAAGGUUUGGCCUGCUAAACAGUUGUAG